AUGACAGGCUUCUCUACGACUAAUGCUCCAACCACUUUACCAGAAACAGCAAACAUAAAUAUCUCAGAAGCUUGUCAGGAUCAGUUCCGACUUUUGGCCCAAGAUGCCCCUCAGGGGGAAAUGCUACCAGCAAGUUUGCUCAUAACAUUUUGCAUUCCUGCCGUUAUUAUAAUUCUGCUAACUAUAUUCGGAAAUCUGCUGGUGUUAUUCUUCAAGGCAAAAGUUGGUCGCACAAACACUACUCUUCUUGUCUGGAAUCUAGGAUUGACAGAUUUCCUCGUCGGAGUUAUAGUUCUGCCCCUAGGUGCUUUUCAUCUUAUCUACCGAAAAUGGAUUUUCGGAAGAUUUCUUUGCCGACUGUGGGUAGCAGCAGAUGUCACGUUUUGCACUUGUUCAGUGGUAACUAUCUGUGUUAUAUCCGUGGACAGAUACUUGGCUGUUACGAGGCCUCUCAGAUAUAAAUCAGUGGUGACGAAGACGAAAGUCAUCAUGGUCAUGCUCACCAUAUGGUUUUUCUCAUCCUCAGUACUAUUGACCACUGUCAAAUGGGAACAAUCUCCUUGCUAUGAUGAUAAUAUCUGCUUUGUUGGUAAUGAAAUCAGAUAUUUGGCUCACAGUGUCAUCUUCGCUUUCUUCUUACCAGCCUUGGUCACAUUAACAUUAUACUGGAGAAUAUAUAAGCUGGCAAGAAACAGACAACGAGCUCUUGACAGAGGUUUCCUCAUGAUUCUUGGUCAGAAUAUGAAUUUUCUGACGAACACAAUCAGUCAACAGACAACUCUGCGAGUUCACUUUGGUAGAAAUAACGGAAUGGUUGAACAUCAGAGACGCGUGUUGCGAACUCAUGAAAGAAUCGCCAAAACUCUUGGAGUUGUCUCCUGCUCUUUCCUUUUCUGUUGGCUUCCCUUUUUCAGUUUGUACUUGACAAAUUACAAGUGCGAGGGAUGCAUCUCACCAAUUGCCUUAGACAUCGCUAGUUGGUUAGGGUAUUGCAACUCGAUGCUGAAUCCAAUUAUAUACUCCUUCACUGUCAAAGAGUUUAAACGCUCGGCUCUCAGGGCAUCAGUGCCAAUUUGGCAGUUUUUACACCGGCUUUUGCCAUUUGCUAUAGGAGCACCACCAGACAGAGUUAUGCAAAGAAUGUCCAGAAGCGGUAACAGAAUUCGAAACAAGACGCGACACAGAUCAUUUGAAAUUGGAUCUAACAAAGUUGGGCUCAUGAGUUCCAGGUCUUGUCAGAAGAGAAGACAAACGGAGCCCGCAGUGUUCGGUAUACAGAAGAAGCAGUGCGAAGAGAAAGAAGAAAUUAUAAUCGAAGAAGAUGAGGACGCAGUUCACGAGUACACGGAAACCAACGGUUUCGCAUCCUCUCGCCGUCCUUCAGAUCUAGCUCCUUUGCCUUUAAAGCCAAUUGUGGAAUUAGAAAAUGCAACAAACGGAUCAACCAAAUGUGGCUCACGAAGCAACUCAACAACAGGAAAGGAAGAUUCAAUGUGCUCAGUGAGAGUUUACUGUGAAACUCCUGAAGCCGAUCUCUGA